AUUCCCUAAAUGCCUUUCAUUGAGAAAAGGCUUCGAACAUUCAGUGUUGUGAAUGUGUACAAGCAACACAUGACCUGAUUAAGAUGGGUAAUAAGCAAACAAUAUUUACCGACGAGCAACUUGAUGCAUACCAGGACUGUACGUUUUUCACCCGAAAAGAAAUUCUGCGGUUGCACGGCAGAUAUCAUGAAUUGGCUCCACAUCUAGUACCAAUGGACUACACCAAUGAUCCUGUUUGUACAGUGCCUUUAGCCUUAAUAGUCAACAUGCCAGAGUUAAAGGAAAACCCGUUCUGCGGCAGGAUCGUAGAGUCGUUCUCAGAGGACGGGAUGGGGAAUCUCAGCUUCAAUGAAUUUGUGGACAUGUUCUCAGUCCUCAGUGAAAUGGCACCAAGAGAACUCAAGGCCAUAUAUGCCUUCAAAAUAUACGAUUUCAAUGUGGAUAAUUACCUGUGCAAAGAGGACCUGGAAAAGACUCUAAAUAGGCUGACGAAGGAGGAGUUGACUCCUGAAGAGGUGCAGCUGGUGUGUGAGAAAGCCAUCGAGGAGGCGGAUUUAGACGGAGACAGUAAACUCUCCUAUGCUGACUUUGAAAAUAUGAUUACUAGGGCUCCUGACUUUUUAAGUACCUUCCAUAUACGAAUCUGAGGGGGCACCGUGGAAGGUUUCCAAGGUCGGCAGCGUGGUGAUCCUCAGGACUUUACCUGCACCCUGUCCUGGACACAGCACAGUGCCUGUCUCCCACUCCCAUUGUCAAAAAAUCAUUUUCAAUCAGACCUCAGAGAAGUCGGUUUAGUAGGAAAGUACUUGAAUUACUGGAUGAAGCUGAAUGGUCCAAUGACCCAGAUUUUUUUAAAUUGCAGAUGAAAGUGUGUUUUCCUUUUAACCACGUAUAAAAGGGCUUGACCUGGAUAGGUCUCUUGUUGGGAGAAAAUACUAUUCUUUCCACAUUUUAAGCUUGAGAUAUGGUCAAUGAAACAAGUCUGGAAUGAGCCAGACUGUGGACUGACAUUCAGAAACACAUAAAAUACUCAUCUACCUAUAUUGCACAUAAGAUACAUGUAAGUCUUCCUAGAAUAACACUAGAUAUUUAGUAUGUAUAAUAUUAAGGACAAAGCUUGAAGUGAAUAAAAGCACAGCGUUGGCAUUAAGGGCAUACAGAUAUUUUAUAUGAGCUAUGCAAUAUUUGUACAUGCAGUGCUUGCUUUUAAUCAUUUUGUGUUGUGUUUUUUGCUUGUGGAACUGAUGAUGACAAUCAUAUCUUACUGUUAUACGUGAAGGGCUCUGUCGUCUGUUGGUAGCUUUUUCUGCUUCAGCCAUUAUCACAAUAUAUUAAAUACAGCCAUCUUUUGGAUAUACAUGUGACAGUAUUUUAUGUUACUUCAGGUAUUUUUCUUACUUUUAAUAAAUUUUUGUUUUCUGUCUUGA